AUGUUAACAGUAGCUGCUUUGUUGUGUUUCAUCUUAGGGUCCAAUGGAGCAUCAGUUCCAUCCUUCUUCCCACUAUGUAAGGUUGGUGACGAUGCGUGUAUUCUGUCCUCCGCCAAGACCUCUUUACCAAUAUUUGCGAAGGGUAUACCUGAACUAGGAGUUAAGAGUCUAGACCCCAUGUACAUACCGCUGAUAGUGAGUGAUGAGAGUGGACUCAAGCUGAAGUUCAAGAACUCGACCCUCACUGGCUUGUCGGGAUGUGUUGUGGAUAAUUUCAAGUUUGAUUAUAUUGACAAGAAACUACUCUUGAAAUUGACUUGUGACGUGACUUUGACUGGAGACUACGAGGUUAAAGGACAAGUGCUGAUACUACCAGUGGAGGGAAACGGGAAAUAUAAAAUAGAUAUACGUGGCAUCACAAUCAAAUCUCCCUUCAAUUUGUCUUAUAUUGAAAAAUCCGGCGUCUCUCACUGGAAAAUCGACGACGAUUGGUCUAAGACAUUCAAAUUCAAAGUUCACCACGGAACUACCUUCCACUUUGAUAACUUAUUUAACGGGAACAAAGUACUUGCUGAUCCGGUCUUGGAAAUGUUGAAUACAAAUUGGGAGGUCAUUAUGGAAGAAAUCUCUCCUCCAAUAGUCAAAGUUAUCAUUGGAUACGAAGUUGAAGCUGUGAGCAACCUACUUGGUGCCGUACCUGCUGGUGGCAUCACAGUCAAAUCUCCCUUCAAUUUGUCUCAAAUUGAAAAAUCCGGCGUCUCUCACUGGAAAAUAAACGAUGAUUGGUCUAAGACCUUCAAAUUCAAAGUACACCACGGAACUACCUUCCACUUUGACAACUUAUUUAACGGGAACAAAGUACUUGCUGAACCGGUCUUGGAGUUGUUGAACACAAACUGGCAGGUCAUUAUGGAAGAAAUCUCUCCUCCAAUAGUCAAAGCUAUCAUUGGAUACGAAGUUGAAGCUGUAAACGCCCUGUUCAGUGCUGUGCCGGCUGAUGAGUUCUUCAUUCAGUAG